AUGUUAGGAAUUCUCUUAAUUGCGUUAAUAUUGUACGCUUCGACUACCGCUGUUGAAUUUGAGGACAAUUUUAAAAACUGUCAUCCUGACAAGUUGGGUUUUGAUGCCUGCGUGCGAGAAGGAUUAAAUAUGAUCCGGCCUUAUUUCAAAACCGGUCUGCCGAAAUAUAAUGUGCUUCCGUUUGAUCCAUUUUUUGCCAAAGAGAUAAUUGCCACGAGAGGAGUUUCAAAUUUCGGUUUUACUUUAACUCUUCGAAAUGUCACUGAAACCGGAUGGUCCAUCAGUAAAGUAACAAAAUUCAUCUCCGAAUUGAGAAAUUACAAGAUUGUGUACACACAAAGCUUCCCGAAAAAAAUGCUGAGUGGUAAUUACGAAUUUAAAGGUGCAUUAUUCAGUUCCACUAUGACAAACAAAGGAAAAUUCACGCUCGAUUUGUACGAUCUAAUACAAACGACCACGGUGAUUAAACUACCGGGACAAAAAGUGCGGGCACAAAUGGACGUUGAGAGCAUAAGAGAUCUAGAACUUCACGUCACAAAUCUUCUAUUUGGCAAGAAAUAUCUCGAAAAUAUCCUCGAUAAGAUAAUCAACAAUACUUGGCAACCGAGCUUCGUGAUAACGAGGCAUCUAAUCAACGAACUUGUCUCGACCGCCUUUACGGAAAUCUUCGAUAAUUCUUUCCGCAAUUUUCCCUUCGAACAGAUUUUCAAAUCGAACCAAUCCAUAAGUUGA